UACUUACAUUAUCGCUCAAGCCGCUACUCUGUUUUAUAAUCAAUCCAAAGACUCGUCUUCGUAUACGACAACUCCAGUGCAGCAAUUGCAAGUACUACCACACGACAUGGAGCAUCCAGUGAAGGACAUCCGCCGAGUCAUUGGCACCCUUUGCCAGGGAAGCCCUCAAGAACAAGAAGAUACCCUUAGUCGUUACUUUACGCCGUCGGCGUCGUUCGUCCACCCCUUCUGCCGCGUUCCCCAUUUUGACAAUAUCUACAUUCCCCGAUACGGCCUUCUGAAUUCCCGAGAGAUUAUUCAGUACAUCUAUAAGUGGUACAAGAUUCUGAGUCCCAAGAUUGAUAUCGAAGUCGAAUCAGCCGUCUUUGACCAAAAAUCUUCCCUUCUCUACGUCAACGUCGCCCAAACCUUUUCCAUAUGGUUCCUCCCCUUUCACAGAUCCCCCGUCCGCCUCGUCACAGUCCUUCACCUCGUCCGCGAAGACGAGUUCAAAAAUAAUCACAACAAGUCCAGAAACCCGCGCCGCCGUCUUCUCAGCGAGAACAACAACGCCUUGGCAAAACAACAUGUUAGCGACAACGACUCAGACCACUCAGGCUCCCUAGAAGGACCCAGCUACGCCUCGGUAGCCGCCGGCGACGCCACACCAGAGAAGACGGAGGAGGGAAUCCCCAUGGCUCACCCGCCCAACCCAAGCAACCCUGUUGCUGUUGAGAACGCCCCCGUGGCUUCUGCUCGAGCAAGCGGGGAAGCAGAGAGACUAGUCGACGGUUUCAAUGGAGGUAACAACAGCAAGCGGUACCUAAUCACCAAGCAGGAAGACUUUUACCAGGUGAAUGACUGGCUCAAAUUUGUGUUCUCGAGUCCGGGAGCGUGGGUGUGGUAUGCCAUUCAGGUAUGGAACUCAAUCUUGUGCGUGGUAGGCGUGGUACUAUUUGAACCAUUGAUCAGGGCUAUUGGGAUUAGACGGGAGGGAGGCGGAAAGCCAAAGUGGACGUGAGUUUCCGAGGAUGUUGAGUCUGUAGCCAUAUCGGGGAACCCCUCGAGAAAUUCUAUAAGUGGAAGGGGUGCAAGAGAUAAGAUUGAGAAGAUCCAAGCCAAAUGGAAGAGAUUGGAUGUUACAUCACAACUUAGGAUGAUGAGACAUCAGCUGUAUCGGUAAUACUCUAGAGAGAUAGUCAUGGACUAAUAUGUAUACU